AUGUCAUCGGCGCAGCCCCGGGGCACAUCAGGCAAAGCACCGGUGGAGGAGGAGGAGGAUGUGGGCAACUGCCCCAUGUUCGCAUCGCGUCAAGGCAACAUAGCCGAAGAAGCUACGCCGAACACUCGGAUGUUGCGCGUUUUCAGGAUGGUGCCCAAAGAUGUUGUCCAGAGCAUCCACUCAACGUACUGGCUUUUGGUUGGAGGCCCAGUGCCGCGCCAUAUGGCGGCCCAAGGCAUGCGCUAUGAGUUCCACUUGCAAGUGGCCUUCAUCCGCUUGGCAUUCCGCAUCGUGGUCUGUGGGCUUGGCGCCCUGGCCGUGGCUUUGACAGGCCGCCGCCUCUGGCGUUGGCGAGCUUCCGCUGAAGGCGAUACCACGACGCCGGCCCAGUGA